CGUGAGAGCGGACGUCACUGGACGUCUGAGGUUCAAAUCCAUCGUGAGGAGACCAGCCAUGCGUGUAGAUGUCAACCUGGUGACCCAACCUGGGCACCCGAUGGAGGUUUGCGAGUUGGAGGUUUUUGGGGACUGCUCGUCCCCCGUGUACGGGCUGUACUGUGAUGAGAUCUGCAGCAUGGGCUGUGUGGACCAGCUCUGUCACUACAACGGACAGUGUUACCACUGUGUGGAGGGGAGGACGGGCAAACAUUGUGUAGGAGGAAAUUCCAACGCAAGUUUUGUCCCCGAGGAAUUCGAUGACUCACGGAAUGUGACGUCACCGCCCACACACGAACCGAAAGAGUUUUGGAUUUCCUUCGGGUUCGACCUGGUGGUGUUGUUGUUGUACCUGGGGGCGGUCGUCUGCUUCCUGCUCUGUUUCAUCGUCUUCUGGUGCUGUAGACGAAAGGCGCGGCAGAUAGAAAAGGUUCACAGGCUCAGUGUCGUCUCAGACAACUCCAAACACCAGAUCCCAAGGUUCGUAUCACAGAUUGGCCCCGUGGAGAGCACAAAUAGUUUAAUCUCUCGGAGAUCUUUGGAGGAAAGCAUUAUAGUCGACGACUUCCAGCAGUCCGUCGUGUCCGCGGCCAGCUCAAGAAAAUCUGGAACCUCCGGGGAUUCUGGUACCAGCCGUCUGUCCAGGGACACGGAGGUGUAGGGGCGUCACGUCGUCUGAGGGGGGCGUCACGUCGUCUGAGGGGUG